AUGGCUGGUGGGGUGAGGUAUCAAUCUCACUAUUCUUUCUCUUGUCCAGUGUACACCGUCAUCUUGCACCUGAAGAACGAGCUCAACCGCGGCGCCUUCUUCAUGACCCUGCAGAACCAGCCGGUUGCCAUGAGUCUCUAUCGUCAGUUCUGCAAGCACCAAGAACUGGAUACGCUCAAAGACCUCUACAACCAAGACGACGACCACCAAGAACUCGGCAACUUCCAUGUGCGCUCCAGCUACGUCAACGAGAAGAGAAUCGAGGGACGGGUGGCCAGUUUGCAGAAUGCAGUGGAUGAAUAUUACAAAGCCAAGAAUGAGUUUGCAGCCAAGGCCACGGAGGACCAGAUCAAACUCCUUCGCAUUCAGCGGCGGCUGCAGGAUGACUUUGACAAGCCAUACCUGGACUACUCCCUCCACGACACCGUCUACAACCUCAUCCUGGAGGGGAACCACAAACGGGCCGAGCAGCUCUAUCGGGACUUCAAGAUCCCGGACAAAAGGUUCUGGUGGCUGAAGAUCAAUGCCUUGGCUGAGCAGGGAGACUGGGAGGAGAUGGAGAAGUUCUCCAAGUCGAAAAAAUCCCCCAUCGGAUACUUGCCUUUUGUCGAGAUCUGUAUGAAGCACCACAACCGCCACGAGGCCAGGAAGUUUGCUCCCCGCGUGGCUCCAGAACAGAGGGUGAAGGCCUUCCUCCUGGUUGGGGACUUGAACCAAGCUGCGGAUGCCGCCAUCGAGCGCAAGAACGAGACGGAAAUGAGCCUCGUCCUGUCCAAAUGCAACGACACAGCGGUCGCUGCCAAGAUCAACCACGCGAAGGCUCAACUUGGGAAAAAGUAACAGACCCAUCACCCUGGCUGCAGUUCUGUCCUAGCUUUUGAGGGGUCAGUUCUGGGCUGCUGGUCUGGAGAUUUGGAUCUGACUGACCACCAGAUCUAAGCGAAGUCCUUUAGACACCACAAAGUGUUAGCUGAUUGCAAAGAUGGAGUCCUUUCAACUGGGCAGAGGAGAGAUGUGGUCACUGCCUUCCUUUCAUCCCUCUCAUUUCCAUGCAUUGCCUACAGAUAAGACAUGUGUUUUGGUGCAAAGAAGUGACUUUUUUCUUUCUGUCUGCUGUCUUUCUCAUUCCUGUGACCGUUUGCACCAUCUUGUUCCAUUUUUCCUGCUUUUCCCAGACCUCUUGGGUACGAGAACCAAAUGCAAACCACAUCUUUGCUCCUGAAGUGCUCAGAAUGAUUGGCUUCUUUUCUUCUCCUCUGAAAAUAAGCCAGCUGCUUCUCCUUCUUUGCUUCUAACUUGUGCUCUCCUUGUGUCUCUGUCACCAUGCAAAUUUGUGCAACUAAAUUGUGGCGAGACUUUGUAUUGCUUUGCACAAGAAGUGCUUAAGGGGGAGGCAUUAAAUUUAUUGACAGGAUGCUCAGCUUUUUUUGUAGGACAUCUCAGGCCUGAGUUCUGCAAAGGAAAGAACCGAGUCUGUUACAGCUGCCACCUAAAAACAAAGCUGUAUUUGCUUUGGGUGCAUCUCUCCAGAGUUGGCUCUCACCUGUAAAUUUGUAAAGCAAGACGAUUCCUUCGGAAGGAAAUAAAAUCAUUUAAAAAACUGGUCACAUCCUUUGG